GAAGUGUUUCUUUAAUGUUGUGCACAAGACGCUGAUGGAUGGGAGUAAUGGUGAAUAUGAUGAUGGAAGGUUGCUCUAAUUCCCGAACUGUAGUUGGAAAACAAAAAUUCCACAACUCUUUUCCCUAUAUACAAGCAGACUACUGUGAGAGGUAAAUGGAAACUAGCUUAGAUCACACUUUUUUGUUAAACAUCAAAUGCGCUUUGCUGGUACGCAAACAAGCUAGCUGCUGUAGUUAGCUAACGAAUGCGUUAGCUUGGUUUCCUUUUCCAUGGGUAUACCUGGCCAUUGUUUGUGUUUAGUAAACAAUUUCAGGGAAAGCAAUAUAACAAGCGUAUUUUCCUCCAAUCGGGACAGGGCCCAUUGGGGCAGACUGCUUGAGUAAUGCAAUUUGGUUUAUCUGAGAAAGAUGGAUGAAAACUCCACCAACCAACAUCGGCUUCUGAUUGCCUUAGUGUCGGUUUUGCUGUUUGGUGUCAUUGUUCUUCAGUACGUUUGCCCCAGCUCCGAUUGCCAGUUGUUGCACCUAGGAUCACUGUCCUCAAAGUCGGGUAGCAACACCUUCGGUCCCCGGGGAGAGAGAUACGACAUUGGUCUUAGUGGAAAGGACCCUUACGUAGCUGAAGACGGUGCCUUAGCCCGUUUUGUUCCCCGCUUCAAUUUCACGACUGCUGACCUCAGUCGCCUUGUUGACUUCAAUAUCAAGGGAGACGAUGUUAUUGUUUUUUUACACAUCCAGAAAACAGGGGGCACAACCUUUGGUCGACAUUUAGUGCGUAAUAUUCAACUCGAGAGACCUUGUGAGUGCCAUGCUGGCCAAAAGAAAUGUACUUGUUACCGACCAGGUAAAAGGGAAACAUGGCUAUUCUCCCGGUUCUCCACCGGCUGGAGCUGCGGUCUUCACGCUGACUGGACGGAGUUGACCAACUGCGUACCGUCCCUCAUGAACACGCGCGAACCUCCCAAGAAGCCAACUGUUCCUAGGCGGAACUACUACUACAUCACCAUCCUGCGUGACCCAGUGUGGCGCUACCUGAGUGAGUGGCGGCACGUGCAGCGUGGUGCCACCUGGAAGGCCUCCCUGCAUGUGUGUGACGGUCGCGCCCCUACCCUGGCAGAACUGCCCAGCUGUUACCCUGGGGAUGACUGGUCCGGCUGCUCCCUGCAAGACUUCAUGGACUGUCCCUACAACCUGGCAAGCAACCGGCAGGUCCGCAUGCUGGCUGACCUCAGCUUAGUGGGCUGCUACAACGUGUCCACAAUGAGUGAGGAUGGGCGAUGGGCCAUGUUACUGGAAAGUGCCAAGCGCAACCUGCGGGGCAUGGCAUUCUUUGGCCUGACGGAGUACCAGAGGAAAACCCAGUACCUGUUUGAGAGGACCUUCCGACUGGCGUUCAUUGCCCCCUUCACCCAGCUCAAUGGCACACGGGCGGCCAGUGUAGAGGUCGCCCCUGAAACACAGCACCGGAUCCGCCAGCUGAACAAAUGGGACGUGGAGCUGUACGAGUAUGCCCGCGACUUGUUCCUCCAGCGCUUCCAGGUGGCCCGGCAGCAGGAGAGGAGACAGGCUCGGAAGAGGAGGCAGCAGGAGAGGAGGAGACUCAGGGGGAGGAUGGGGAGAGCGGGAAUGGCGAAGCUAGUGGCCGUGUGGCCCAGCGACAAGCCCCAGCGGACAGAGACCCAGGCUGGGAGGACCAUAUCCACCAACCUUGGAACAUCCUCCCCAGAGGUGAAACAGCAGGGGAGGGGAGGUGGCGAGACAACAGACCGGUGGGAUUGGGAGAACAACAGCGCACUGGAGGACUACAUGAACAAUGUGGAACAGUGGCGGUAGUGGUGAGAGGACACACCCAGAGAGUGAAGGAAGGAUAGCCCAGCUGAGCCGUGUACAUUCCGCCAGAUAUGCCUUGUCUUCACAGACAUUCAGGGUGCGUCCUACGAGUGUGUGCUUGUUCAUGCCCUUUCAUGGGUUUGGAAGGGAAUGACUGUUAUAAUAAAAGGUUGAUUUUGGCCGUGCCUACACCAGUCCGAAUGCUAUUAUAUAUAUGUGGGUAGUAGUGAACGAAUGCGUACUUCAGGUAGAAGGAGAUCUGGGACACAGCUGUUCUCAAAACUCAAUUCUAACUACACACAGCUUCCUUCAUCCUGCAUCCUAACCUUCAGUCCAUGGCCAGUUUCCCCUACGGCAAUACCUACUUAUUUAGCUUGAAUGUCAUUUGGUUUUGUGUACUUCAAUAUUUGACAUUGUGAUAGAUGGAAUUCUUCAACGCUUAUUCAGAAUUGGCACUCCGUUGACUUAUAUAGUCCUCUACUUUUGACAAUCCCGGUCAAAAAUAGUGAAAUCUGGUGCCAUUUGGGACAAGCCCACCACUAACACCAUGCCCUAAAGAUUACCCAAGCUUUUGGGAAAAUAAUGAUGGUUGAAAAUAUACCAAGCAAAAAAGGUUUCCCUGAUAAUAAUUCAGACCUUUUUUGUUGUUACAGAGAAUAAGCUGUGUUUUUAUUAUAACUGAUGGUUCUCUAUUCUUAUUAUUCAUAAAUGUUGCUAUUAAUCAGUAUGGUUAACUGAAUAUUGUGUUGAAUGAUAUGCUACUCACAUAUGAUUGUAAGAAAGACUUGAUGAUGAAGGUGCGGAAAGAAAAUAAUUUCUCACUAAACUUGAUUUAUUUUACCUCAAUCAGUAGCACACUGUCUGUUAUAUUCACCUGUUAUUAUGCUAUUAUUAUGUCCUUGUCUCAUCUUUUGUAUGUAAGACCAAAUAAACCUUUUUGGUAACUGA